AUGGACCAAGUCAUGGCGCCUUUGGAUAAGGAGAUGGCUCAGUACCUAGACUGCGCCGCGUCGCAGGUGACGCUGAAGUCAGGCACCACCCUGAAGGCAGACCUGGUUAUUUUGGCCAUGGGGGUCCGUCCAGUCACGAAGUUCGUCGGUGACGCUGGCAUCGAGCUCACCCAGCGGGGACACAUCAAGGUGGACGAGAAGAUGCAGACCAGCGACCCCCAUGUCUGGGCGGUGGGAGAUGCCGUGGAAGUUCGCAACUCCGCCCUCGGGGAUGCGCACACCUGGGCCGUUGCCUUGGGCGGCCCGGCCAACCGCCAAGGCCGCGUCUGUGCCGACCACUUGGCCAAGAUCCCCACUGCUGGGAGGUAUCGCGGAACCAUUGGCGCCUCGGUAGUGAAGGUCUUCGACCUCACGGCCGCGAACGUAGGGGUGAAUGAGAAGCAUCUCAGGAACCUGGACCUGCCAUACAAGGCUGUCUACCUUCAUCCGAACCAGCACGCUGGGUACUACCCCAAUGCCGAGCCCAUCCACUUGAAGCUUCUCUUUGAGGUCUCCUCCGGCAAGAUCUACGGGGCCCAGGCUGUCGGCAAGGAUGGCGUGGAGAAGCGGAUCGACGUGAUCAGCACAGCGAUGCACACCGGCAUGCCUGCCAAUGAACUCGCAGACUUGGAGCUGUGCUAUGCCCCGCCCUACGGCUCGGCACGUGACCCCGUCAACUUUGCGGGAAUGAUCGCCGGCAACAUCAUGGUGGGGCUCGCGGACACUUUGACACCGCUGCAGCUGAAUGCUCUGUCGACGCCUGCCGUCGUGGUGGACGUCCGCGAGAGCUCCGAGAUCUCCGAGGAUGGGCCCCUUCCCACUGGCGCGGCCAAGGUUCAGAUCGUUCAGGUUCCCCUUGGAGAGCUUCGGGAUGCCUUUCCCGGGCUCCUCAAGGACCUGGAGUCGAGGGAUGUGAUCUUCAGCUGCAAGACCGGGUCGCGGGCGCACGUCGCGGCCUGCAUGGCGAGGCAGCUGGGGCUUCCGCAGGCCAAGGUGCUCUCGGGCUCCCUCAUGACGGCGCAGAUCUGCCAGCGGUCGCAACGCAUCGACGCGGUUCCGAGAGUGCGGCCAGCGGAAGUGCGGCCAGCGGAAAAGUGUGAGCGUGAGCUCUGCGAGGCUCAGGAUAUCCUGUCAACGGUUGCUUGCGUGCUUCGCUCUGCUGUUGAGACCAUGAGUGAUGGCAUCAACAGCAAGCGAAGAAAGACAGGUGUGGCUGUGGAAAGUUGGCAUGGCGAGCUGAUCGCAGAUGGCGAAGUCCUGACUCGCGAUCACUCGAUCACGGGGGAGAUUGGCAGAGUCCUGCGUGACUACCCCGCGGGCACGCAGUCGCUACGUGAGCUGGUGCAGAAUGCGGAUGAUGCCGGAGCCACCGUCGUGAAGUUCCUCCUCGCGCGGCCGCAAAGCAUCCCCAACAAUGGCUGCGGGCACCCAUCGUAUCUGCACCAGGGUUUUGAUGACUAUUCGGGUUGGGCUUUGUACGCCUUCAACGACGCCCAGUUUUCUGAGUCGGACUUCAAGGCGAUUCGGAACAUCGGGAAGUCAUCGAAGCAGAGCGAUGCCUCCAAGACCGGCAAGUCUGACUGGAAGCUUCUGAUAAUGGAUCCGCAUCAGCGCAUGCUCCUGGGUAAGGAUGGCGAGCGGGCCUUUGCACGGCGCUGGAAUUUUGUGGCGGAUGCCAGCGUGCGCGGGUAUCAGGGCCAUGUGGCUUGGUUCGGCGGUUCGGAGCACAGGUGCUGCUUUUCCGCGGAGUUCCACGGCACCAUGUUCCGUUUCCCCUUGCGGACAGCAGAGCAUGCCCGCUACUCGGACCUCUCCAAGCUGGUAUGGUCUCCCGAGCGGAUGCAGGAGGUGCUUCAGCAAUUCCAGCUGGAGUGUGAGCCGAUGCUGCUCUUCCUGAAGUCUGUGAGCCGAGUGGAGUAUUGGCGCGAGAACGAGAAUGGUCAGCUGCAGCUCGCUUUCUGUGCGGGCCUGCAGCAGACGCCCUUUCUGGCCCUUCUAAGGGAUUUAUGUACCUCUGAGGGUCGUAGUUUGUCCAAGUCACGUUUUGGUGCCGUGGGAGUUUCUGCCGAGCAGGCGGCCACACAUUGGGCUGCAGUUCAGUAG